GUUCGCUAACUUCGUCUGUUCGCUGCUAACACUGAUUAUUUGUUUACAUGAAGACAGGUUAACAACUGAGGUGCAAAUGAGUUGCAACGCAAUUAGUCCCUCGUGAUACUACGAACAAGUAAUGUUUCAAGACAAAAUUCUGGUUAGACACAAUAGAAGAUGUCUAGUGUCUUGGAAAAAACACUGAGUGGGCUGGUUCACAGCAUCCUUGGAGGAACCAACUCAAGUAACCCAGUCUCACAGACUUUCGGAAAUCCUUCAGGACUUAAAAAUGUCUCAUUUGGUCUUGUUAACUUCGUUGAGAAGCUUCAGAGUGCAAGAAGAAUUUCUAAACAGGAAGAACAGGAGUGUAUUGAACAUGAAAAUAGGGAAUGGGUGAAAGUUUUAUCCAGUCCAGGAAUUAGUAGUGCAGUUGUUGCUGAUUUGUUAUGCCGAGCACUGAUAGCAAGUGUGCGAGGGUAUGAUCUUCCUAAUCUGCAUAUACACGCUAUAAAGUUAACCCAGUGCCCUAUUGUUCUUCACAAAAAAAUAGGAUAUCUUUAUGUUAGCCAAAGCUUGGGCCCAGGUUCGGAACUAACAUUAUUGCUAGUCAACACUAUUCAACGGGACUUAACUGCACCAAAUGCUCUGCAGGUUGCUGCAGCUCUGGCCUCCUUUCCCACAGUUGUCACACCGGAUCUUACACCAUCUUUCAUAUGUUCUCUUACUCACUGUCUUGCACAUAAGCAGGUGUAUAUUCGACGAAGAGCUGCAGCAAUGGUUGGUGUUGUAGCUUCAAGAUGUGGAGAGCAACUGCAAGACAAUGCUGCUGAUCAAAUACCUCAUUUGCUUCACCUUCUUACUGACCAGGAUCCUGGUGUUGCAAUAGCUGCAAUCAAUUCCCUGUGCAAAAUUUAUAAAGAUUGCGGAUUGCAAAAGGCAGACCUUCGAGAGCAGGUUGCACAAAGUGCUUCGCAUUUAUUGACUCAGGCCUUGAAUGGUGCCCUUCCCAAAGAUUAUCAAGUAAAUGCACUUCCAGCUCCUUUUGUUCAAAUGCAGAUGUUAAGAGUAAUUCAGCAGAUAUCCAGCAAAGAUUGGCAGGUUCCUGCAUCGGUUAUAGAAGCAGUAGAAUCAGUCGUUGGCCAGCCUUGGGGUGGCAAAGAAGUAGCUCUUUAUUCUGUUCUCCUGGAGUGUGUAUUCACAAUUACUGCGCUUCCACAUCAUGAUGGCUUGAUUACCAGUGCACUGAAGGUUGUAUUAGGCUUUUUGAAAAGUACCAAUAUCGACCUGAAGUAUGUUGGGUUGAAAGCUUUAGCAAGUGUGUUUUCUGUACUCGAAGAGGCACUGACUCCCACUCACCUUGAGGCUGUACUUGACUGUUUGUAUCAUUCUAAUGCCAGCCUUCAGGCGAAAACCCUUUCUUUGCUAUGUGCAAUGGCAAAUCCUCAUAAUUACCAGGCAGUCUCUACCACUUUGCUAGAGUUUUCUACCAGAGUUCAGGACACCAGUAAACAAAAAAUAAUUUACGGAGAACUAUCCUCAAUAAUAACUCAAUAUUGUGAAGAUGUAGUUUGGUGCAUAGAGCUAUUAUCACCCUUGAUAAUGAAUAACAGUCUUCCUGACAGUCGCUUGUUAGAAUCUUUAGUCACUGUUUUUGAGAAAGGUUUUUCCAAAGAAAACAGCGUGAAUGGUGCCAUGAGUGCAUCUCAAGAGCUCCUACUAAAAAUAUUCAGCUUAAACCCGUUACCAAAGGCUUAUAUAAAUCUAAUAGCAUGUAUGCUCAACUUACAUUACGGUAAAGACCCAAAACAGGUAUCCAAGUACUUCACAGAUACUUUUGUAGAGAGAGUUAGAUUGAUGAAUUGCAUACAAGAAAAUAAUAGUGCCAUUUUGCAGUGCCUUAAAAACAUCGGGUUAUAUGAUGUAACAAUAUGUGCUGAUAUAGUUAAGAUGUUACAACCGUACACCCUGAAUUCAGACCUAAAGUUGCGAGAAAGUGUGCAGGAGGUAUGUACGUGGCUUUCAAAUUCUGAACUGAGUUUAAAAGUAAUCAGAAACAAAGAGAAAAUACUGAAUGGUGAAUUGUCAGUUGAUCUUACCCUUAGUUUUCUAGACAGCUAUGUUGUUGAAUCCCUUGAAAGUGGUGCUAGUCCUUUUAAGCCAUUCAGUGUUGUCAUGGCAAAUACUACAUGCUUUGAAGAUAAAGCCGUGACAGAUUUAAAUGAUACCCAGUGGAGCACUCCCACUGGAUCAGAAGAUGCACAGUCUUCUGCACCCUCCACAAGUACACAUCUCACCAGUGGAACUAGUCACAGCCAUAAUGUGCUAAUAAGAAGCACGAUUGCACCCAGCAAGAAAAUCUGGAGUGCUGAAGGGCGAGCUCGUUUGAAGUCAGAAGGUGAAACUUCGGUUCGGUCUCGUGUCGAUUCCACCUCCCAGUCAGUAGCACAGCAAGGAAACCUUCUCGGGCCAGAUGAUGACGAAGACGAAGUGACCGAAGGAAGCGUUGAAAUGGCAGACGAAGCUCAAGAGGACAAGGAUGCGUCUGCCAGUCAGCGAAUGCAUUUAACACAAGCACUGUUGUCUGGUCUGGGGAUGGCCAGAACUAAGUGAUUUAACAUAUUGUUAACAAGCUCUUAAACAUUGUGAUACUUUAAUUUAAAAUACUUUGAACAGUUCCUGGAUGGAAAUCAAUUGAGAAUGGAAAUAAGGCUGUAGUGUUUCUUUUUGGAUGAUGUUGAAGACUUGAAGUGUGCCAUGUCAUGUCAUGCCUAGAUUUAGAAGCCCAGUUAUACUGCCAUUGUCAAGUUCAUGUGAUAAGAAUUGAGUGUGUUAUAACUGGAGAACUUUUUUAUGAGCUGUACUUUGAAAACGGUAUUUUUAAAGCUGCUUUGAAUACCACAUAUCGUGACUUCUUAUAAUGCUUUUGCCAGUAAGUUUGCGUGGACAUGUGAUUUAUUUCUAAAUAGUUGAAUGGAUUGUGUUGUUUUUACUUAUUGUUGCUGUGUGACCUGGUUUGCCAGGUUGUCAAACAUUGUUUACCAUCAAUGGAAGUUUUUAUAUUUUGCAGUAUCACAUUUUCUACCAUUUAACACAACCUGUGUUACUGUACUUUGUUUUGCAGAUUCAUCCCUAUAGAAUCAGCACUGUUGAAAGAUUUGAAUCAUUGCCACUCAAAAUUGAGCCUACAUUGAUUGAAAAGUUGGUGUUCAAGAAGAAUUUAUUCUCGACCUCACUUAACAUCUCGAAACAAAUUAAUUUCUUUAAGAUUACCAGAUAACUUCUGCCGGCCAAGAAUCCACUGAUGC